GGCGGGGGAGGGGGGGGUCCCUGGUGAAUGCUGUCUUAGGCUAUAGGCCAGGAGCACCAAGGGACACUCUGUGGCCAGGGAUAGCACCAGGAGACUUGGUCUGAUCCUCCUCUGCCAGUGACAUGCUUUAUGAGCAGCUGGCUGGCAAGUACCCUGUGUAUAGCAGGGCCCUGAGAUUCAUUCAUGGUCUCUUGGUGGUGGGCCCCUGCCAGGCCUGAGAGAAGCCACUGGGCUGGCUGCAAGAAUCCCCCCCAUUUUUCAAGCACUUUGCCUCCUCUUCUCUGUCCUGCUUCCUGGUGUUGCGUGCUCCAUUGGAGCCUCCUAGUGGGCAUAGGGAAUACCCCUUGGAUAUAGUUCCAGCCGCCUGAAGCACACAGGAGUCAGAAGGAAACUUGGUGUUCAUCUGUUGCAGCCUGGCCCCUUGAACAUGGCCAGGGACCACGAGUGACCUUCUCCCAAGAUCACCAGCCCUGCUCUAUCCCUUGUGUCCUGGAGGAGUGAGGGAGGAUGCAGUUUCCUGAGCCCAAGUGUGGGAAGCUGAAGGGCAGCUUUGGGCCUCUUGUCUCCAUGCAGGCAGCAGUUGCCACCCAUGUGCACCUAGGGCCCCGUGAAGGCCCAGGAUGGGAGGAGUAGGUUGAUUUGGCAUGAGGGGACACCACUGGGCAGCACAUGUGAGCAUGAUAAGGUGGGGGCAGAGGCUGUGGGGAGGGGCCCCUAGGCUGGUAGGGGAUAUGGAGACCAUUUCACAAGCUCAAGGGUGAACACUAGGGGUUUGGGCUGGGGGAAACCAAGACCUCUACUUCUGCUUGUGCUUCUCAGGAGGGUCAGCAAUUCCUUACAUUUCUAUGACAUUUUCACUCUGGGGGAGCCCUUUAAGAUCUGUUUAUUUCCUUCUCAUAGAAUCAUGAGUGAGAGCUGAAAUGACCCCCAGAGGCUAUCUGGGGUCCAAUCUCCUCACUGUAUCAAUGAGGAAACUGAGGCCUAGAAAAGAAAAAAACAUCCUUGCCUGCAGUUCCCCAGGAAGUCCUGGCUGAGCACCCUGCCUUCUGCACAGCACCAAACUGAAUUCAGUCUGUCCUGGCAUCAGCCAGGCAGAGGAGCAGCAUCACCAGCAAGGGCAGGGGGGCUUAGCUGCCAGCAGUGGAAGACAGGACAAGAUGGACCACCCAGGUCCUUCCAGAUUGGAACUCUAGGCCUGCUCCUUAACCUAGCAGCUUAGGCAGGUGCUGGUAGUUCCCAGGAAGAGCUCUUGGGGGAUGGAGCAGACUGAAGCUGGCUGAGAGAGAAGGUAGGUGGACCUGGGAGAGUCCAAGGGGGUGAGGGGGCCUUUCUGGAAGGGUCAUGGGGGUGGCAGUGAGCUCAGGGACCCAGGAGACUGGCAGGGCUGCCACAAAAGACUUGAGAAGCUGAGCAUGGGGUGGGGGUAGGGGCAACACAAGUGACUUAACUUUAAAAAGAUUCCUGGCUCCCCUAGAAAAAACAAGGACUGAGGCUGACCCCCAGCCCUCUGUGUCCAGGGUGGGAGGGGCAGGGCACAAUGGGCUGUUCUCAGGCUAAUGCCUGGCCUGCAGGGAGGGCAUUGGUAAGCUGGGGCUGAGGGCUACCUCUGGGAAUCUUCAGCUUUUCCUUCUCUGCCCAUGGUCCAGCUCCUCACAAGGCUUCUCCCUUGGCAGGUGCCUCGGGGACUGUGAAGCCGAGCUGAGCCAAGAUGCUGCCGGAGCCCCUGAAGAGGGUCUGGUUUCUGGAGACUCAGAGUUGGCUCUGAAACAGCCCUUGGGGAGCCCCCCUCCUCCCCCGCUUGCCUGCAGGGACGCUCUUGGCUCCUGUGAAGAAGGGGCUCAGGGGCCUGGGCAGGGCCAGCUGCACUGCAGCUAUGGACCGUGAGCUGGCCUGGCCCGCGUCCUUGCUGACCCUGCCUGUCUGCGGCCAUGCCCACCAUGGGCUCCUGGGUGUACAUCAUGGUGGAGCUGGCAAUUGCUGUGCUGGCCAUCCUGGGCAAUGUGCUGGUGUGCUGGGCUGUGUGGCUGAACAGCAACCUACAGAACGUCACCAACUACUUUGUGGUGUCACUGGCGGCAGCCGACAUUGCUGUGGGAGUCCUCGCUAUCCCCUUCGCCAUCACCAUCAGCACAGGGUUCUGUGCUGCCUGCCAUAAUUGCCUCUUCUUCGCCUGCUUUGUCCUGGUCCUCACACAGAGCUCCAUCUUCAGCCUCCUGGCCAUCGCCAUUGACCGCUACAUCGCCAUCCGCAUCCCACUCCGGUACAAUGGCUUGGUGACUGGCACAAGGGCCAAAGGCAUCAUUGCAGUCUGCUGGGUGCUGUCAUUUGCCAUUGGCUUGACUCCCAUGUUGGGCUGGAACAACUGCAGCCAGCCGAAGGAGGGCAAAAACCACUCACAGGGCUGUGGGGAGGGCCAGGUAGCCUGUCUCUUCGAGGAUGUGGUUCCCAUGAACUACAUGGUGUACUACAACUUCUUUGCUUGUGUCCUGGUGCCCCUGCUGCUCAUGCUGGGUGUCUACUUGCGGAUCUUCCUGGCUGCUCGGCGACAGCUGAAGCAGAUGGAGAGCCAGCCUCUGCCGGGGGAGCGGACUCGGUCCACGCUGCAGAAGGAGGUCCAUGCUGCCAAGUCGCUGGCCAUCAUUGUGGGGCUCUUUGCCCUCUGCUGGCUUCCCCUGCACAUCAUCAACUGCUUUACCUUCUUCUGCCCAGAGUGUAACCAUGCCCCGCUCUGGCUCAUGUACCUGACCAUCAUCCUCUCCCACACCAAUUCCGUUGUGAAUCCCUUCAUCUAUGCCUACCGCAUCCGUGAGUUCCGCCAGACCUUCCGCAAGAUCAUUCGCAGCCAUAUCCUGAGGCGACGGGAGCCCUUCAAGGCAGGCGGCACCAGUGCCCGGGCCUUGGCAGCUCAUGGCAGUGAUGGAGAGCAGAUCAGCCUUCGCCUCAAUGGUCAUCCUCCUGGGGUGUGGGCCAAUGGCAGUGCCCCCCAUCCUGAGCGGCGGCCCAAUGGCUAUGCCCUGGGGUUGGAAGGAAAUCUUUCUCUUUGGUGGAUGGAACCAGUCACGUUGGGAGAAGAAUGAAUGUGCCUGGAGACCCUUCUUGUGGCCAGUUCCCACUUUGGACUGAGAGGAGAGUACCCUGGCUGGAGCAGCAUGAGGCCCAGCAGGAAGGGUUUGGAGUCCGAGGAAGCAGACAUUUCAUGUUGGGAGGCCCUGCAUCAGGUCAGGGCCACGGCAUCAGAACAUCUUGGCUGGGCAGGGCCCAGUACCCCACUCGAAGCAUCUAGAAAUACCACCCUAACUUCACAGAGCAGCUGUGGCAGAGCAGGCUGGCUAGCCCUAAGGCUGGGGGUGGCUCCGACAGACCCCCUAAUCACAUACACACCACCCUCCUGAGACUUUCCAAGGGUUCAGGAGCUGCUGUGCCCAGAGGUGGCGUGUUUUUGUUUUUGUUUUUUCCAGGAGAAAAUGUUAAACCUGAAGAAAUCCCCCCCCCCCUUUUUUUUUUUAAAUCAUCUUCCUUCCCUGGUUGCUGGGUCUGUUGUUGGUCUUGCUGCUAACCUGGCCUCAGAGGUCAGCCCAGGGAGUCCCAGGCAGCUCUCACUGGCUGCCAUGAGCUGCCAUGCACUUCUUACCCCAUCAGUCCCAGGGCCAUUUCUUAAGGCCACAGAGCUGGGCUCAAGGACAGGGAGUUGUAAUGGAAUGGUGUCAGACUGUGGGCUUAAGGGAGGAGGUGGGGACUGGCCCACCAUGGGGUGUGCCUGGGUAGCUCAGAGCUGCCCAGUUAGAGGCCCUAUCUAACUGCCUUUCCUUCUGAAGGGAAUGUUUUUUUCUGAGAUAAAAUAAAAAUGAGCCAUGUUGU